CCAUAUAAACGAUCAGCGGCAGCGGCCCUUGCAGUCACUGCUGGUUCCACUUCUCAUUCCUCCACCUUCCAUCUACCCAUGUCUGCAGCUGCUGUUCCACGUUCAGGCUGGUGCUGUACACGUCCAGGUUGCCAGGUUGCUGCCCUUCCUUCGCCGGGUUGAGGCUCGUCGUCCUCUCCGUGGUGGGCGUCGUGAGACUAGGGUUGUAUUCUCCAUGCUUGCGUCGCCGCUGACGCUACGGUGGAGUAGUUCGGUGUGAGUCUGGUUGUGUGCUGCAGCUAGUUCAAACCAGCUGAAAUAGCUGAAUCAGUAGCAUCGGAGGUAUUCCAUUUUAUCUCACGCAACUGUACAUAGCUCUUCACUGGACCAGUGCCUUCGGAUCCACCUGUUUUUAAUUUUUGGUUCGGGUGAUACAUAAAAACCGGGAGUUUGAGCUCAUCAGAGGGCCAUGGCGCCAGAAGCUCCAAAUGGAGAUGCUCUCACUAGAGUGAUGGGUCCAUCAGAAGAAAACUGGACCAAGGCCACAGCACUAGGAACUGGAAUAGCUGUGAUGACUAUUGCGAUGCGGCGUUUGGUGGAGUCGCACCAUGUUGCUCAAGCAUGUCGUGAGGUCAUGUAUCAGCACGCAAUGCUGAGGGCCCAGGCAGUCGAAAACGCAAAGGGAAAGCUCGCGAUUCUCGUGAAGAAUGACUCGGUCGCACCUUGUCUAGAGAUUUGCCCUUGGCCUCAGACUUCCUCCAGCUGUGAAGCGGGUGAUGUAACCAUUGAGGGUGACGAUGAUGGUCUCGCUGACGCUGUCAACAAAGUGGUUCGCGAUGAGCUCAAUAUCCCUUUCGUGAACUCUGAAAACAACCCUAGUCCUCCUUUGGACUUUUUUCAAGUUCACAUGUACACCGAGACAUCCCGUUCACAUACCAUUAUAGUGUUGCGGUUCCACAGUGGAGGUCUUGACAGGCCAUCUGCUUACAUAGCUUCGCGUCAAUUCUUGACCGCACUGAAUGCCAUUGUUGAUGGUCAAACGGUUGGUCUUCCACUAAAUCACGGCAAGGAUGCUAUCUUGCCGACAAUUGAAGAACUGGUGCCGAAGGGAAAAUCGUCCAAGAACAUUUUCCAGAAAGGUUUCGACACAGUGGGCUACGCCUUGAGUGCGAACAAGUACACUCUCCUGCCAUUCCAGCCUAGCUUUGGCGAGCAGAAGAAGGAAAAGUUCAAGUCCGAUAUCUUGACAUACUCCCUCGGUACAGUAGAAACUGCGAGACUUCUCGAAGCAUGCAAAAAGGAGAAGACAACUCUGGCAGCAGCACUGGGCGCAGCCUUUUUGAAGACAGCAGCGAACGUGAAAGAGCUCAAGGACAAGAAAAAGGACGAAUUCUCCUUCACAAGUUUGGUAGAUUGUCGGAAGUACUUCGAGCCAAGUCUUUCCGCCGAUACAAUAGGCAACUUUGUGGCUGGUGUUCCUCAAGGUCAACAGGUAAAAGAAGGGGUCUCUUUUUGGGACCUAGCGCGAAGCGUGUCAGCUUCCACUGCCAAAGAGCUGUCUAAGAGCAAACAGUUUUCGGAGAUCCCUGUUCUUAACAUGCUCUUCUCUCAGGUGCUGAAGCAUCCCAAUUUGACUCCGCAAUCGUCCAUGCGAACUGCACUAUUCUCCUUGUUUGUGGACGAAGCUCCGUUGCAACUUUACAAGGAGUACCAGAGAUUGCAGGUGGCUGCGGUGGCUGGACCAUUCCCCUCAAUGCACGGAGUUGGUCCUUGCUUUGCAGUCAGCGAGGCCUUCUGCGAGGGCAACAACCUUUCCAUCUCUCUUAUAUACCCUCAACCUGUGUAUACUCGCUCACAAAUGCAAGCUUACGGCGCUUCGGCUAUGGAGCUCUUGAACACCGCUUCUCUGGACAGUUGAAUGCAACAUAUCCUGAUACCAAAUCAACGACGUUGAGUGCGGUCAGCAUGCGAUUAAUCCCUGGUCACCAAUGGAUUAAUUCCUGUCCUGGUUGCCGCAAAGCUGAUCAGUUUACCAAUUCCUUCGGAACAGAGAGUAUAUGGUUAUGUGGAUCGAGUCUAGAUUAUAGAUAGUGCAUACAGUCUCUAAACCUGUGGAUACACAUAAUUUUGUUAUUGCUAAACAAUUUGCACAUUCUUGGUGGUGAGGACCGUAGUCCCCCGCCCACACCAUCCGUCUAAUAUUCAUUGCUUUGAAGCAUUUUUCAUUUCAGAAGAUUCUUCUCUUCUGCUCAAAUUAAUUGCAAAGGCUGAUUCUCUUCCCGA